GAUUAGCGCCAAGCCAUCAGACACCGCCGAGAGGAGUCCUCCUCUGGUGCAUCUCGCAGAUACCCAGUUCUUGUACGAACUCGUCGAGAGAGUUCGCCGGCUGAUUUACCGUGAAAUUUAGUGCCCGCGGCACCAAAGAACACCAUGAAAACCAUCACGUCGGUUGCGCUACUCGCGCUAAUCGGUACCUGCUACACCGCGCGUCUCGAAAACACUUACCUACCACCGGGCGGCGCGUCAGGUUCCGGUGGCGCAGGGUUCAUUCAAGCACCAAAUCGAGGAACAUCCGGAGGAUCGGGUGGUCCAGGAGGAAAUGGCGCCGGUGGAAGUGGGGGCGGUAACAGAUUUGCCGGAAGCGGUGGAGGACGUCCUGGUGGCAACGCUGGCGGCGGUGGAGGCGGCGGAUACGGCGGUGGAAGUGGUAGCGGCGGCGGCGGUGGCUCCGGAGGGGGUGGAGGCGGAGGUCGUGGUACUGGAUCAGGUGGCGGUGGCGGCGGUGGGGAAGUCGGGAUUAAUUCGUUCCAGAACGAGAACAACGGGGAUGGAAGCUAUCAGUUCAGCUACGAAACGGCGAAUGGAAUAAGUGUCCAAGAAUCUGGCCAGCUUCAGGGUGAGGCCGAGUCGGUGAGCGGAUCAUUUUCUUUCACCGGUGAUGACGGAGCCCAAUAUACCGUGACGUACACCGCUGACGCAGACGGUUUUCACCCUGAGGGUGCGCAUCUUCCAACGGCGCCGCCAAUACCGCCAGAAAUUCAACGCGGUAUCGAAUUGUCCUUAGCUGCAGAAGCUCGAGGCGAGAAUCAGGACGGUGGUGACGGAGGCGGAAACAGCGGCGGUGGUGGUGGUGGUGGUGGUGGGGGUGGCGGUGGUUCAGGUCGUGGAGGCGGAUCCGGAAACGGUGGAGGCGGUGGUGGAGGCAGUGGACCCAACUCUUUGUACCAGGGGCCAAACUCUUACCAGGCAAGCCCCAACGGUGGAUACAAAUAUUAG